GACGCAGCAAAACCGCUAUACAAGAAACUCUAGUCAGAGGCAUUUCGUCGAACACCACCAACGCGGAGUCGAGCCCCAACCACCACAGCCAUGCUCCUCACCAGACCCCACCUCUUCAACCCGCUCCUCCCGUCCGCGCCGCUCUCCAACCCCGCUCCCAGCUCCAGCCAUGCCAGGCCCCUCGCCGCCCCCACCGCCCGUCGUGGUCGCCUCCGCGUCUCCGCCGCAUCAGCGGCUGCGCCGGCUCCUUCGGCGGCGGCGCCCGCCACCGCCGCCGCCGCCGCCGCCGCGCUGAGCCGAGUCGACGUGCUCUCGGAGGCGCUCCCCUUCAUCCAGCGCUUCAAGGGCAAGACAGUGGUGGUCAAGUACGGCGGCGCCGCGAUGAAGUCGCCGGAGCUCCAGGCGUCCGUGAUCCGCGAUCUCGUCCUCCUCUCCUUCGUCGGCCUCCGCCCCGUGCUCGUCCACGGCGGGGGGCCCGAGAUCAACUCCUGGCUGCUCCGCGUCGGCGUCGAGCCGCAGUUCCGCGACGGCCUCCGCGUCACCGACGCGCUCACCAUGGAGGUCGUCGAGAUGGUGCUGGUCGGCAAGGUCAACAAGAACCUCGUCUCCCUCAUCAACCUCGCGAGGGGCACCGCGGUCGGCCUCUGCGGCAAGGACGCGCGCCUCAUCACCGCGCGCCCGUCCCCCAACGCCGCGGCCCUCGGAUUCGUCGGCGAGGUCGCGCGCGUCGACGCCACCGUCCUCCACCCCAUCAUUGCCUCGGGACAUAUCCCGGUCAUCGCCACCGUGGCCGCCGACGAGAAUGGGCAGGCCUACAAUAUCAAUGCCGAUACGGCGGCUGGCGAGAUCGCCGCUGCCGUGGGCGCCGAGAAGCUGCUGCUGCUCACGGAUGUGUCUGGGAUACUGGCGGACCGUAAUGAUCCUGGGAGCCUGGUGAAGGAGAUUGACAUUGCCGGGGUGCGACAGAUGGUGGCUGACGGGAAGGUGGCAGGUGGAAUGAUACCCAAGGUGGAGUGCUGCGUGCGCGCCCUCGCACAAGGUGUGCACACUGCGAGUAUCAUUGAUGGGCGCGUCCCACACUCGCUGCUGCUUGAGAUUCUCACAGAUGAGGGUACUGGCACCAUGAUCACUGGCUGAGGUGGUUAUGACUUAUGGUAUUUUCUUGCGUUUCCCUGCUCUUAGACAUGUAUUUUAUGGUACAAUGUAGACUUGACUCAGGAUUGCAAUAAGAAUGCAUUACUCAAAUUGUGAGAGAAUUAGUUUGGUUGAGGUUGUUCUGCGCCCAUUUAUUUGUGACUUUGUUGGCUUCUAGUUGAGAAAAUCUAGAGAUCGUGUGGUUUGUUUAGUAGUGAUCGAUUCAGGUUAAAAUCUAUUCAAAUGAAGUAGUAUUUGUUGUACUGGAUUCAGAUGAAACUUCUUAUGAAAUUGGCCUACAAAGGUUGUAA